AUGUCCGAUGAUGAACUCUCUGUCAAGAAGUCCUACUUUCAGAACCAAGAUCUUCUAGAUGUCUCGGAUGACGAACAGUACGAUAUGGGGGAGAGUUCAAAGGCCAUUGAACGAAUGCUUGUGGACUCGAAAGUAAUGCCCCCUCCGAGAUUGAUCACCCACUCGAGCAGCUUCCUUGGACCAACACCAAAGGAGCUUCAGGCGGAGUUUGAGGCCCACGCUAAGAUGCAACGUGCUUUUACUCGACAGGAUGCUCAGAAGCUCGCGCGUUCAUCUACAGUGCCCGAGUCAGAUGUUACAAAAAGCUUCACUGUGACUAAACCUUCGCCUGAGCCAUUUAUUGCUCGCGGUAAACGGGGCGAGAAGCUAAGGAGGACUUCGUCGCUACCUAGCCUGCCUGUGCCUUUCUACAAACGGAUGGGCAAUAUUCCGCGAGAGCUGAGCAAAGGCAAGAAGAAGGCAGGCCUCGCUGAGAAUAUCGAGGUGAGGCCCGAGGCAACCCAGCUGCUCAAAGAGAAGGUUGUAUACUUUUAUCCAAAUGACGAUGUAAGCAUGUUGCGGCGGAUGCGUAUACAUAAUAUCAUUCAACUUGGUGCUGCUUGGGUCAAGUCGUGGAGGGACGACGUAACACAUAUCAUUACUGACGAUGAGACUGUCACAUAUGGCCACUUGCUUACGCACCUGAAACUGGAGCGUGUUCCUGUCAGUACAAGGCUAUGUUCACCAACGUCGCUUUUAAUAGGUCAGAAAGAAGUAAUACUGGUCCAGUAUCAGCCAUAUGUGACCGACAGCAUCAGGUUUGGAGAACUUCAGGAUCCCAGUCGUCGCCGAUUUCGUGUCCAAGAUGCUCCACUGAGGGAAGCAACAAAUAUUGUACAAGCUACCCAGUUGUCAGCUACAUCGCAGAAAUCUCUGAAAAUCAAGCCGUCUGGACGACAACUUACUGCUCAGGAAUCCCGGAAGUCUGACUCGUAUCCAAAUGAAGAAAAGUCUCCCUCGCAGCAGCCUGCUGUUGAACCGCCUGCCCCUAUAUUCGAGGAAAGAGUAGAGGAUAGCUUCAUUAUGCCCUCACCUGAGCCGAACGAGACGAAGAAAACUGGAGACCAAUUCAAUGAUGCUCUGUCACUAGCAAUUCAAGAGGCAAAAGCAAUCGCGCAUCUUCCGCUCGAUGACGAUGACGAUGAGUAUUUCUCAAAGGUCAGUGAAAGAGACACAGAUGACUCUGGAACGGACGAUGAGCCCACCAAAGCCGAACCAAAACUCGCCGAAAAGUUCAGUUUCGUCUCCAAGGCCUCUGCCCUACGAGAUAAAGGCUCGCUCAAACUCAGCGCCUUCCAAUGCAUGGACCCCGGUGCCAGCGGCUACACGUCCCAAAAUCCCAAUGUUCGCACCAUCCAGAUCCUAGAGGAAAUGUGCAAGCACUACGACCAAAUGCAAGACAACUGGCGCACCCUCUCCUACCGCAAAUGCAUCGCCACGCUCAAAAAGCAAUCUAUCAAAAUCACAACAGCCAAACAAGCCAUCGCCCUACCCACAAUCGGCCAUCGCCUCGCCGACAAGAUUGAAGAAAUCGUACUCACAGACUGCCUCCGCAAACUAGACUACACGCGCAACGACCCCCUCGACACCGUCCUCCGCCUCUUCCUCGGCGUCUACGGCGCCGGUCUCGUCCAGGCAAACAAAUGGAUCCAAGCCGGCCACCGCACCCUCGCCGAUCUCGAAUCCAAGGCCAAACUCACUCCCUGCCAGAAAAUAGGCCUACAGCACUACGCAGACUUCAACGCGCGCAUCCCCCGCGCCGAAGUCGAAGCCCAUGCCAAUCAUGUCAGGUCUGCACUUCGCAAUAUCAACCCAGACUACGAAGCCAUCACCAUGGGGUCCUAUCGCCGUGGCGCCGCUGACUCGGGUGAUGUCGAUAUCAUCAUAACAUGCCCAGACACCCCUCUCUCCACCAUCCACUCCACCGUCUUUGACAAUCUCAUCCCCCACCUUUUCACCACGCACUUUCUCAAAGCCUCGCUCGCUGCAUCCAACUCCCACUCCCACUCCCACUCCACUACCCCAUCCGGCUCAAAAUGGCACGGCGCAUCCUGUCUCCCCGGCUCACACAUCUGGCGCCGCAUAGACCUGCUCCUCGUGCCGGAGCCGGAAAUGGGCGCGGCGUUGAUUUACUUCACGGGCAAUGAUGUGUUUAAUCGCAGUGUGAGGUUGUUGGCGCGGAAGCGUGGGAUGCGGUUGAAUCAGCGUGGGUUGUUUAGGGAUGUGGAGAGGGGGCUGGGUGGGCAGAGGUUGAAUGAGGGGGUGUUGGUGGAGGGCAGGUGCGAGAGGAGGAUCUUUGAGGUGCUGGGUGUGCCGUGGAGGGAGCCGGGGGAGCGGGUUUGUUAG